CAACCCUCCACACACCACUAUGUCAUCAAACUGCGCGUCUGAAAUAACGUAGUCCACGUGAGUGUUCUAAGACAUAGAGGCAAGAUGGCGCCGAUGUUACAAUCUCCAGAAAUCCAGUUUGCACAGAGACUAGCUUCGAACGAAAAACCUAUCCGGACCCGCGCCAUAAAGAAACUGAGGAAAUAUCUCAGCAUCAGAUCACAGAAACCAACAGGUGGGUUUAGUAAUGAUGAACUGCUCAAGAUAUGGAAGGGCCUUUUCUACUGCAUGUGGAUGCAAGACAAGCCUCUUUUGCAAGAAGAAUUGGCAGCUGUUAUUUCUCGGCUGAUACAUUCCUUGCAGAAGACUGAUGCCCAGUAUUUAUUUCUAGAGACCUUCCUUCAGACCAUGAAUCGGGAAUGGAAUGGCAUAGACAGACUGCGUCUUGAUAAAUUUUACAAGCUCAUCCGAAUGGUUUUAAGGCAGUCUUUUGAAAUGCUGAAGAGGGGAAACUGGGAUGAGAGUCUAGUUGAGCGGUUUGGGUUUAUACUGAGUACCCAAGUGCUGAGUGCUGCCAGUGGUGCUCCAUCAGGAAUUCAGUUCCAUAUCCUGGACAUUUACAUGGAGGAGUUGGCUACAGUUGGAGCAGAGGAGCUCACAGCAGAACAGAAUUUGAAGUUCAUUGAUCCAUUUUGUAAGAUCGCUGCUAAGACAAAAGAUCGCCUGCUGAUGCAGGCAAUAGCACAUAGUAUAUUUGAUGAUAUUGUGGACCAGUCUCCAUUUGCCAUUGAAGACUUGAUGAAAGAGGUGCAGCAACAGGGAGGAAAUGUGUCUGAUGACUCAGAAAAUAAAUAUCUCUCCAAGUCGAAAAAAUCUACAGGACGGCAACUAAAUGGUAAAGAAGCUGAAAAAAACGAGCAGAAUUUUGAAGAUGACUCUGAAGGUACCGUUGAAAUGCCUGAAGACGAUGGUGAGGAUAUUGGGCCUGUUCUUCAGUUUGACUACAAGGCAAUUGCGGACCGUCUCUUUGAGCUAGCUAGCCGAACCAGCACACCUCCCCAGAACAGAAAGAUCAUCUACAGACUGGUCAAAAAAUUCCAAGAUUUAAAUGAUGGAAUCUUUCCCCAGGAUGAGUACCCUGAGGAGGUAUCCACAGACGAGGAUGAUGAUGAGUUAUUUGGAAGUAGGAGAAGAAUGAUAAAGAGAAAGAAUACAGAAAGUCUGCUGGAGAAAAGCAGUGAGGCUGCCAAAGGGAAAGAUAAAAAAAAGAAAGAGGGAAAAAAGAUAGAGAACACACUGAAUGGCGGAGUAAAGCAGAAGAAAGAGAACACAGAGGCUUCUCCAGAAGGGACCUCUACUGAACUGAAACAACCCUGUGCAACAGGAGAGUCAACAGAAACCAAGGCAAAGAAGAAAAAGAUGAAAUUAAAGGAGUCCAGUCCCAAGAGAGUUGAGGCAGACCCCAGCAGCAACCACAUAGACAGACCUACAGGAGAGAAAAGGAAAAAGAAGAAAGCAAAGGAAGCUGUGGAAGACAGACAUGAUCAGGAGGAUUGCUUGGAGCAAACAGCAGCUGACACCAAAGCUACCAUUCUCCCCUCCAAAGGCAAAAAAAUGAGAAAGUUGCGAGUCCUGGGAGUGAACGGAGAAAGGCCAUGCCUUGAGCAAGCCACUCCACUGGAACAAGGCUAUCCCUCCUCAGAAUUACCAAAGAAUAUCAAGAAGACAGUUGAGCUGGUUCAGGUGGACCCAGCAGCAGAGCAGAUGGAAAACAGCCAGACAAAAAAGAUGAUGAAAAAGAAGAAAAGAAAGAUUGAGGCGGCUCACCCUGCAGAGGUCAAUGGGCUCGGGGAACAUGGUGGCAAGAAAAAGAAAAAGAGCUGUGAAGUGACUUCCAAGAAGCGACUCCAAAAAACCAAGGCAAGCACAGAGACAGAGUUUGUGAGAUUUGAAAAUUCCUCCUUCCCAGUGCCAUUAUUUUUCAAGCAUGCCAAAGGUGGCAAGCCCAGAGCAGCCAAACAGGGGCUGCAGACACCAGAAUCGAGUUCAAAGAAAGUCACCUUUGGACUGAACAACAACAAGACUGCAGAAUUCAGAAAGACUGACAAAAGCAUAUUGGUGAGUCCAGAGGGAACGUCGCGAGUGGCCUUUGACCCCAAGCAGAAGCCCCUUUGCGGAGUGCUCAAGUCUCCCUUGAGCGUGCUGUGUUCCAGGCAUAAAAAGAACACCCCUGCCUCUACCAAGAAAAGAGCGACCGCUGCAGACUUUUUUUAACUUUUGUUUUUCUUAUUCUGACAGUGGUCUCUUUCUAAUUAAAUCAAUGUAUUGUAGAAACAAUAAAAAGAAACCAAUA